AUGGCAUUGGAAGUAACAUUGUUAGGCUGGCUGGCAGCUACAGGAAUCUGCAUGGGUGUUGUGUAUGGACUGUACAACCAUCUUACUCAGGGGGUGGUUCUGAGUCGACCUGUGGCCAUCCUGUAGCUGACUGUACACCGGACUGCCUGGGGAGUGGGGCUGGCCUUGGUCUUGUUUGCCUGCAUCAAUGGCUACGGAGGUAUAAUCAACACCAUCCUGUCGUGGAAAGCUUGGAUCCCCCUCAGCCGCCUGACGUACUGUGCCUACCUGGUACAUCCCAUUGUCAUACUCAUCACCUACUCGGACCAGCAGGAGGCAAAUAUACACUACACUGACAUCCUGCUGGCGUACUAUUUUGUGGGGCAUGUGUUGUUCUCCUAUGCCGGUGCUUACAUUGUGAGUAUGAUGGCAGAAGCUCCCAUGAGGCACCUGGAGAAACUGGUGCUGAAACAAGACACUUAAGAUCAUAGGCUACUGCGGAGGUAGAAAUGAAUGAAUGAAUGAAUG